AUGCGGCCCACCACACUCGUUCUCCCCUUGGCGGUCUUGGCAGGGUCUGUCACUGCGAGACUGACAAGGCCAGAGGGCCGCGGGCUGCAGAGUCGCGAGGCCCCCCAGGACAUCACCCCAAACAGGGACUCGAGCGCGUACCGCAGCGUCGCCUAUGUGACCAACUGGAGCAUAUACGGCGCCAAGUUUCUGCCGGAGCAGAUUGCAGUGGACAGCAUCUCGCACGUCCAGUAUGCGUUUGCGGAUAUUCUUGCCAACGGCACCGUAGUCUCGUCCGACGCGUGGGCAGAUACGCAAAAGCAGUUUGGCAACGGCACCCAAGGCGGCAACUCGAGUGACGCACAUGGGCUCGUGGAGCAGCUGUACAAGAUCAAGCAGGCGAACCGCAACGUCAAGAUGCUGCUCUCGAUCGGUGGCUACACGUGGUCGCCCAAGUUCGUGCCGGUGGCGGCGGACGCGGGCAAGCGAGCGGCGUUUGUCUCGUCGGCCGUGGCGCUCAUGGGCGACUGGGGAAUGGACGGCCUCGACGUGGACUGGGAGUAUCCGGACACGGCCGAGACCAACAAGAACUGCGUGCUCCUCCUGCAGGAGCUGCGGAGGGGCCUGGACGACUACUCGCAGCAGCACACGGGCAGCCAGUACAAGUUCUCGCUGAGCAUGCCGGCGCCGGCGGGGCCGACGCACUACGCGGCGUUUGACUUCAAGGCCAUGGACGCCAGCCUGGACUUUUGGUCCAUCAUGGCCUUUGACUUUGCCGGGUCCUGGGACAACACGACGGGCCACCAGGCCAACGUCUACCCGGGGCCGGACCUCACCACCAAGGCGAGCAUCGACGUGGCCGUGUCCGACUACGUCAAGGCGGGCGUGGCUCCGGGCAAGAUCAACCUCGGACUGCCGCUGUACGGGCGCUCGUUCGACAAGACCACGGGGCUGGGCAAGGGCUACACGGCGUCGACGGCGGGCAGCCUCGAGGGCCAGGCGGGGAUAUGGAUCUACAAGGACCUGCCGCGGGCCGGGGCCACGGUGCUCUACGACGACGUGGCCAAGGCGUCGUACACCAUGGACAACUCGACGGGCCAGCUGAUAUCGUACGACGACCUCAAGUCGGUGCAGUUCAAGUCGGACUACGUCAAGCAGAAGCAGAUUGGGGGCGUCAUGUUUUGGGAGUCGUCGCAGGACAGGCCGGGCAGCGACAGCAUCGUGAGGACCAUGGCGAGGUCCCUGGGGAAGCUGGAGAGCGCGCAGAACUGGCUCUCCUACCCGGGGUCGCAGUAUGCCAACAUUAAGAAUAAUAUGGGCCAAGCUGUUUGA